AUGAGAACUAUUUUACAAACUACUCGGAACGUCGAUCACGUCCGUUUCAACUUAACACUUGUUCGACACGCUGAAACUCAUGCAAAUGCUGAAGGUAUUAUUCAGGGUCUGAUCGACACUGAGCUAUCUACCAUCGGCUAUCUUCAAUGCCAAGCACUUGGUCGACAUCUUCAAUCUCAUCGUUUUACACAUAUCUAUUCCAGUGAUUUGAAGCGAGCAUCAGAGACUGCCCGCCAAAUACGCACUCACAAUCGUGUGAGCUUGUGUGACAUCCAGUAUGAUCCCCUUCUACGUGAACGCAUGUACGGCAUUGCCCAAGGUCGAACCCGGCAAUGGCUACGUGAAUUAGCCAAAGAAAAUGGUGUGCCGUAUGCUAAUUUUACACCACCCGGUGCUGAAAGUUCGGGGCAAGUACGUGAACGUGUUGUAUCAUUUUUUCGACAGCUGACUCAUGAAAUUCUCGAAAAAUAUGGUUCAAAAUCAUCCGAAACCUUUGCAAAAGAAAACAAUUAUCAGGUGUUAUCACGGAGUGUUUCGUCCGAAGAUCUCAGCUCAUCAUCACAGUCGAUUUCGAGAUCCACUCGGAAGCGUUCUUUAUCCACCGGUAAUUGUCAACUGGAUCUGCCUACAACUACUCAAUCAUAUCAUUCAUCCGUCGAUUCGGCACUCGACGUAUCAUCGAUCUCAUCGGAUCAGCAAUCUGUAGCAUCAUCAACAUCGAUCAUCUCUCGGAAUAAUAGCUUCGAAAAAUAUCGAAUGUUUUGGAAAGGUUUACCACGUUCGCCGUAUGAAAAUCAUUUUUCCGACCUUGACGUACUGAUUGUGAGUCACGGUGCUGUUAUUCGUGAAUUAAUCAAAUAUUUCGUCUGUGAUUUACAAACUGAUAUUGGAAAACACUUAGAUACCAUACAAGAUAUAGCACCAAAUACAUCCAUAACACGAUUCGAAGUCACUUGUGCAACGAAUGACGAACUCAUUCCAACAACCACACUCGAGCUCAUCGACUAUCAUCAGAAAACACAUUUAACUAACACAAUUAAUGAUGAAUAUAAUCUGGAUGUUGUUAAUAAAUGUAGUUUAUAA